AUGUCUCUCUCCUGCAGGUACGCGGCUCAAUGCUGCGCUCGUCAGCUCCGCUCCACCUCCACCCUCCGAAGUACCGGCGCCCUCGCCCAACAAAGAAUAUCGCGACGGUACCAGUCGACCGACGCCGCGGCCGCACCUACGAACCCCAAGAUCUCCGGUAUUGUGGACCAGAUCAGCCAAUUGACCCUCCUGGAGACCGCAGACCUGGUCUCAAGCCUGAAGUCCCGACUCAACAUCCCAGACUUGCCCGUCGGAGGCUUCGCUGCCGCGCCCGCCGCAGCCGCACCAGCAGCAGCUGCCGCAGAGGCCGAGGAGGAGGCACCAGCUGCCCAGGAGAAGACCCUGUUCGCCGUGAAGCUGGUGAAGUUCGAGGCGACCGCGAAGCCCAAGGUCAUCAAGGAGAUCAAGAGCCUGUUGGGGCUGAGUCUGGUGGACUCCAAGAAGUUCGUGGAGAGCGCGCCAAAGCUGAUGAAGGACUCGGUACCGAAGGACGAGGCCGAGAAGAUCGUGGCGACGCUGAAGGAGCUGGGCGCCACCGUCGAGAUGGAGUAG